CUUCUUCUCCUCCUCCUCUUCCUCAACCCUAGAGAGACCAAAAAUUCUGAAGCUGCUUUUAUCUUCUUCUUAUUUCUCCUGUAUUCAAUCAAUAUGGAUGAUGUAGGAAGAAAAAGAGGACGGCACAACUUUGUGGAAAUGAUGCAAACGGCUUCUGAUGAAUUCAAUGGCAAAGAAGGCUCUCCGAAUGAAUUCAGUGAUAGUAGUGAGGCUUCUUCUUAUGAAUCCAAUGAUAAAGAGGCGUCGUCAUCCAGUGAAUUGGAUGGCAAAGAAACUGUUCAUAGACCAAACCACAAAAAGGCAAAGAGUACUACUACUGAUCCACUUGGAGACUUCUCAAAGCUGGGUGUUCUUGACAAAAGGGAUGACUUAAAUUGCAGUAAUGCGCAAGAACCACUUAGCGAUCUCCCCGGGGAAUGCUCGAGACGAGUGUCAGAGAAUCGUGUCAGUGCUUUACCAACAAGACCCACUGUGAGUAAUGCUGGUACUGCUAGAGACGUAUCACAAGGUUCUCAUGUUAGUUCUUUGUCAAGGCAAUCGAUAUUAGCCCGUUCAGGUUAUGGAAGAGAUAUACCGCGGAGUGUUCUUGUUGAUUCUUCAGUGAGAAAAUCAGCAGCAACUGGUUUCGGAAGAGAUAUACCAUUUGCUGUUCCUUUUGAUCCGUUACCAACAGGGUCGACGUUAAUCCAUGGUGGUUCUGCCAGACGUGUAUCAGACGCUAUACCGUUUAGGUCUCUACCAACAAUUCCGACAGCCUACCAUUCUGGUUAUGCUAGAGAUAUAGCACUAGCUGUUCCUAUAACUGUAAGAAGCACAACAGAUGUAAGGGAACUCACUGGGAUAAGACAAGGCUUGCUGCAUAACCAUACUGGAGGCGCAUCGAACCUUGGUGAUUCUUUUGGUCAUAACUUGCCUACUCCGGACGAAAUGCAAUCUAUUCAUCAAAUGCUCAAUGGAAACUAUCUGCAGGCAAGCCAGAUUACGUCACACGGAGUAGAGUUCCUGAAGACGUUGUUGAGUAACAAAGUCCCAAUCCUUGCUCAAGAUCCUGCUUCAGCAGCACCAGGACUAACACAAGAUUUUCACCAAGGUCCCAAAGUGACGGUUGCUGUUCCGAGUUACUGCUCCAAACAACGUAUCAAUUACGUAAACAGAAAAAGCGGUCGGAUCCGCAGAGCCAGGAUUACUGAAAGAUUCAAAUCACUGCAAGAAAUUCUUCCAAAUUCCGAUCAGGCAAAUAGAGACGACCUCAUGGAUGAUAUCAUCGACUACGUCAAGUACUUACAGCUUCAGAUUAAGUCCUUGAGCCAAAGCACAUUGGAAGAUGAAACAGCUGAUCACAGCCCUUUCAUUAAUCUUGAGGGGUUUGGCCAUUAUCUGCAUAACCAAGGGACAUUGGUCAGUGAACCACUUGAAGAUAUGGUAGGAAUGUUGAUGCAGGUCAACAAGCCAGCAUUUACUCAGCUUCUGGAGAGCAGAGGACUGUAUGUAAAGCCCAUGGCUCUCGCAGGAAAGACCAUUUACAAGCCAUAACUCCAUGCUUUCUUCUUAUAUGAAGUACAUUUUCGACUAGACUCAAUUUUCAUGCGAAUAAAACAUUGUGCACACUAGUUUUGUAAGCUGAAUGGAAAAACAAGGAAUUUCGCUCCUUCUGUUUUUACCGGUAAUAAAUUAGGGUAUUUACCGGGU